GGAGUGCUCAUAAACUGGCCCCAAAGAAGAUUACCAAGGCGCCACCAAUAUUAGCAAGCUAGCAAGCAUUGCCUUAUCUGGUAACGCCGUAUUCAAACGCCGUUCAAUGUAGUGAUGAAUGUAAGCAAUCAGGGCCAUUUUGCGUUCUCAGUUUGGAGAUGGAUGACGAGCUGGAGAACUUCAUCAGGGAGCGGAAGGCGAGGGUGGCUGAAGAUAAAGCCAGUUUAGAACAAGACCCUCCUUACAUGGAAAUAAAGGCAAAACCCCACAGAGCCUAUGGGUCAACUGUUAAGGAGAACAUCCCUCCCAAGUGUAUAGCACAGAGGAAAGAGGAGAGUUGCAGCGUGGGUCUACCCCUCGGUGUGGAGUAUGAGAGGAAGAAGCAGAGGCUGCAGCACGAGCUCCGCAUGGAUUACAGGCGCUACAUGGCUCAGAAAAAACACUUUGCAGAGCCUGGGCCAUUAAUUCACCUUGAUAACAGGAGGUGUGUCAAGCAGCACCUGCUUGAAGACCAGGUAGGUGCUCUUCCCAAACAGCGACCCGCCUCACUGAGGGAUGCAGCCACUCUAACAGAGGACAGUAGAGGGCUGCACAGGGCUUUGUGCCUCGCUGAAGUGAAGACGCUCUGCCCUGAGGAGGAUGAGGAGCAGUCAUCAGUAUUUCCCAGGCAUGGUGACAGGAUGGGGAGGCCAGUGGACCAGGAGUCAGAGGAGGAGGAGGAGGAAUACUUGAAGGAGGAGCUGGAGCUGAUGGAAGCCAGAAGGCACAGACUUACAGGGGUUGAGGCCAAUUAUGAGAAAAGACGAUCCAAUAAGACAGAUGGCAGAGAGAAGAGGGAAAACCCAGCAGGUGUAGCCAGAGAAGGCAGGAAAUUAAGAGCACUGGUCAAAAAUGAGGAUGCUGAGUUUGCCACUGGCCUUGUAAUAGGAACAGCUGAUACACAGGAUGCUUUACAGAAGAGGAAGCAGCGCUAUAGACAGGAGCUGCAGGAGCAGAUCGCUGAACAGCACAGGAACAAGAAGAGGGAGAAAGAUCUGGAGCUGAAAGUUGCUGCAACAGGGGCAAAUGAUCCUGAGAAACAGCCGGACCGAAUCAGACAGUUUGGACUUCACAGGAGAAAAGAUCAUAGGCUGUUGGAGCCGUCAGCAACGGGAGCGAGCGAAACAUCAUCCAGAGUUCUAGCUAAUAAUGAGAAGAUAGGUGCUAGAGAGAGAGAGACGCCUCCUCCUGAGCAGCCCCAUGUGGCCUUCCAGUCCCCUCUGCUGGAGUACAGCUCUGCCCUGGGUGGAGGUGGUCUGUCUCCCAACAGCCAGCCUGCUGCCCCCUCCUUCCCCAGAGCCGUGGACACACCCAGAAUCCCCUUGUUCCCUCCUCAUCCUCCUUCGGCUCUCGGUGAAGCCUACAGGAGCCUGUAUGCAGAGCCUAAUCACUACUAUGGCACCAGAAACCUGCUUGACCCAAACAUGGCCUACUAUGGUCACUUGUCUGCUCCUGGUGCUGGCCCUCCCAUGUCCUACUGGAGCAUACCACCAGGGGGAGGUGUGCACAGCCAGUUUGGGAAUCACAGCCCUCACAGCCAACACAGUGGAAGCAGCUUCCCUGAGCCCCCAAUACAGCCUAACAAUGAGGCUGCUGCUGUGGACUCGCAAGUCAGGGUUUUCCCUCCAGAGAGAUCCAGAUCAAGCAGGGACAGGAUUACAAGCUAUAGGGAGGCUCUGAAACAACAGAUCCUGGAGCAACAGGAACGGAGGCUCCUGGAGAGGGAGGAGACGGCACGUUACGAGGCCCAGCUGGAGGCCGACAUGAAGAAGCACCAGCCGUGGGGUCGAGGUGGAGGAGGAGCCCCACUCAGAGACAGCACGGGAAAUCUCAUCGCUGAUCUCAACCAGAUGCACAAGCUGAAUGAGGAGGCCUACAGCAACCCGGAGCAGCGGCAGAGGAGAGCCACGGCCGCCGUGACGGCCCGCCGGGCAGAGCUCCCUGACCCCAACCAGAGGGUCUCUGGUACUGUAGCAGAGUGCAGUAUCCAUGACACUAAUGACGAGCUCACUGGUUUCACCCAUGUCCAAACCCCCCAGUUUGCCAGAGGCAAUGUGUUUGCCAACCAGCCCACCCAACAACAGCUCCAGGAGCAGGACAAAUACAAAGCUUACCUCAAACAGCAGAUUGAGGAGAAAAUGCGUAAAAAGGCGGAGGAGAAGGAACGGACAAGACUGGAGGAGGAGAAAGAGGAGAAGAGGCUGGCAGAGCAGAGGGCUCGCAUCCAGAGGGAGUACGAGGAAGAACAAGAGAGGAAGAAACGGAAGGAAAUGGAGCAAAAAGCCAAGAAUGAAGAGCUGAUUCAUCUGGCUGAACAGAGGAAGAAGGAAGCAGAAGAGAAGGAGAACGCAGUUCUGAGGAGGCAGUACGAGAAGGAGAGGCAGGCUCGGGUGGAGGAGGUCUGCAGGGAGCCCUCGCCUCCAAUCCCCACUCUGCAGAAGAAACACGGGCAACACCAUUACACCCCCAGGCCCCCCACUGUUGACAGCCAGCACUCUACUGCCCCCCUGUCUGAGCGCUCUUUGUCUGGUCUCCAGUCCCCUCCUGUCCCUGCUCGUAGGAAUCAGCUCCGAGCUGCAGGUGACCAGCACGAUGUGUUCAGUGAGCUGUCAGCAUUGCGUCGGCAGCUUCGCAGUGAACAAAAACGUCUGGAGGGUCGAGUGCAGCAGGGCGACUGGGAGGAAUUCGACUCGCCUCUGAGUGACAGACUUCGGGAGCGUCCCCUUGUGGACGUGUUUGAUAUGGCCAGGCUGCGGCUCCAGGCUCCGGUCCGAAGGCCAAACUCCAGAAACAUGGAGCCCAGAAACCUGCUGCGAAUCCACGAUUCCCUUCAGCUCAAAUACACAGAUGGUGAGUCCAGGCUUUGCUUCAGUGAGGUUCCUAAGAUGGAGGAAGUGGGUGCGUCCAGCAGGAGUAAGUGGGACUACAGAGAUCCAUGUCACCAGUUGCGCAGCCAGAGGUCUUCAGCCCAGGAUGAUUAUUUUGACCUGUCCCCACCACAGCAAAAUGAUUAUCUGAAGAGUGUGAUGGCGAGGUCUGCAGGAGGUUCUCUGCUAGAGUCAGAGAGCGCUUUCAUCGACCCCCUAGGUGAUGCCUUCCCAGUGCCGCGUACCCCAGAGCUUGAGAAAACCCCUCUGCUGUCAGCGAGAGAGAGGAGGAGGCUGGCCAAACAGUCACAGCGCCCCCAGGAUGGAGCUGCUUCCAGCCAGCCCUUUGACCAACAUCAUGACUACACCGCUGACAGACUGCAGCAGGGAGCAGGGCCCAGCGGUGAGGGGAGGAGCCAGGACAGGACAGGUCGUCUGCUGGCUCUCAGUCGUCAUGGCAUCACAGCAGGACCAGUGGAUCUGUCUGAUGACGACUCCUCCCCUCCCCGGUUUUCUCUCCACAAUCUUAACCACCAGAACUCUGUAGAAAGUGUCGCCACGGAUACCUGGAUGCGGCCAGGAACAUCGGACACACUGAAACGUUUGGAGCGACCAUCAAGGAGGGAGCGCUUGGCGACAUAGUACCAAGUUCCCUGAGAUGGUGCCUUCCUCUUUUGACAGCUCGUCUCAACCCAGAUGCCCCUCUGUCUUCUAAUCAUCAUGCCUGGUUUUGGAUUUUGUGACAGAUGAAUAUGUCAGUAUGAAUGUCUGAAUCAUGAUACUUGGAUAUGUGCUUUUUGUUGAGGGGGCAGUGUGUGAGAUUUAGGGGGAUCUCUUGACAGAAUAUGGCAUAAAUGGAAUAUAAUA